AUGCGCUUCGACGUUCCACUCGUUUUCUCUGCUUGCUUGGCUGCGGCCUCCUCUGCAGGGAUACCUCGCGACGACCAGCCUGCUGUUGCCAGCCGCACCGGCGCCUUCCAGCUGCUUAGGGACCAGAUAGCGGAGAUCGAAGAGGCUCUGCGUCACGCCCUUGAGGAGCUCGCUGGCAUCUAUAAUGGACAGCUCCCGCCUACCGACCCUCCUUCACGAGCCCCAUCGACUUUAACCUCUAGUACUUCUCUUAAUACACAGACCGCUGCCAACCAAGUCUCCUCUUCGAUCGACGGUUUACUUUCAACCCUUCAAGCCGCCACUUCCAGCCUUGCUUUCGCAACCCCUGCCCAUUCUUCUUCCAUCACACCAACGAAAGCAGCAUCCACGACGUCUAAAAUCGAGUCGACCUCUACUUCCACUAGUAGCUCUGCAGCGAGCUCGACGGCGAGCACGGAGUCAAUGGGCUCAACGAACUCGACACCGUCGACCAACGGCACAACCAUGGCAGCCACCAGUUGUGCGGGAUUGUGCUCGCAACUUACAUUCCCUUCGAAUCUGGCUGCCUCUCCGGUAUCUUGUGUACCAUACGCUGCGAAUGAGACCAUCACGAUUACUGGUGGUCAACGAGACGUCACUUGCGGCACAACCAUCACUCCCGAGAUUGACCUUUGCCGUGUGGUAUUGACAGUCACCACAAGUCCAGAGUCUGAGGUCUACAUGGAAGUAUGGCUUCCCGACGGCGACAGCACCUGGAACGGACGCACCAUGAGCACUGACAACUCUGGUGUCAAUGGCUGCGUUGCUUUCGAUGACAUGCAGUACGUUACAGGCAUGGGUUUUGCAGCCAUAGGUGACAAUGGUGGUCACAACUCUUCUUCUUUUGACGGUUCCUGGUUUCAGGGCUCCAAUGAGUUGAUUUUGGACUGGGCGGGUCGUGCACGACAUGCUUCGGUUGUUGCUGGAAAAGCAGUCGUCAACCAGUUCUACGACGAAGAAGCAGCAUAUUCGUACUAUAUCGGCUGCUCUGCCGGGGGCUGGCAGGGAAUGAAGUCAGCUCAAGCUUAUCCCGAGGACUUUGACGGCAUCAUCGCAGGAUCGUCUGCCACCGACUUCAACCAUCUGCAGGCAUGGAGUGGUAGAUUUGUUCAGCUUACAGGAACUGGCACCAGCGAUGCUAGGUUCUUGACCCAGAAUGACUGGGUCACCGUUCAGUCAGCCAUCUUGGCUCAGUGCGAUGCGCCUAUCGAUGGUGUGGAUGAUGGGAUCCUGGAAGACCCGACAAUCUGCGACUUCGACUACACUGUACUUAGCAACUCCACCUACGGCUUGACUGCCACUCAAGUCGACACUGUCCGUAAGGUCUUCACUGAGCUUUACGACGCCGAAGGCAACCUCCUCUUCCCGGCACUUCUCCCGGGCUCGCAAGUUGAUGCGUUCCGCCUUGGCCAGCUCUCGGGUUCAGUUCAAGCCAUCUCCGAGGACUGGUACAAGUACGCAGUCGUGAACGACAGCAGCUGGGAUGCUCUCGAUAUGGACCAGGCCGACUACGCCGAAGCAGACCAGCUCGAUGCCUACCACGGCCAUGUCUCCGGCUACGAUGGUGACCUCAGCGCUUUCCAGUCUGCUGGCGGCAAGCUCCUGAUGUAUCAUGGCAUGGCAGAUCCUCUCGUCUCCGAGGGUGUUGCGCAGCGCUACUAUCUCAAGGUCGCUCAGACUUUGGGCAUCGGCAACAGCGGUAUGGACGAGUUCUUGCGUCUCUUCCGCAUCAGCGGUAUGGCCCACUGCGGUGUCGGCGGCAUCAGCGGUGCCGGCGCAUGGAUGUUUGGUCAGAACGAAGCCGCCGCCGGCGCCUCGGUCAACGUCAUUGAUGUUCUUCAGGACUGGGUCGAAAGAGACUCUGCACCGGAAACGCUCCGUGGCACCAAGUUCUGGUACGAUACCGAGUCUCUCGGCAUCCAGUUUGAGCGUGACCACUGCCGCUUCCCAUACCGCACGACCUAUCGUAGCGGCGACUACACUCAGCCAUCGUCCUGGGGCUGCGACCUCAUCGCCGAUUGGCAGGAGUGUGGCGUUGGUGCCAUGCCACGUUUGUGUAAUGUCGAUGGCAGUUUCGACGCGUAG